AUGAGUGCCCAGGACAGAUACAGAUAUAAGGGUGACGACGAUGGCUUUGGACGGAAGAGUUCCACAGUGUGGACAGUCAGCAAGCCCAGUAAUGAUGAAAGGCAUUACCCGUAUAACGAAGCUAUUAAUUUGGCUGGUAACGGAAGGUACAGCAUCGGUCUAAUGGCAACGUUGAGUAUGGCGGCUUUGGCCAUGGCCAUCGACAUGUUCGGCUUCUCCGUCAUCGUGACAGGAGCCACCUGUGACUUCCAGUUGGACUUGAGUCAGACCAACAUUUUACUGUCUAUGCCAUUUGUCGGUCCAAUAGCAAUGGCGUAUCCAUGGGGCUACAUAGCGGAUACCAAGGGUCGGAAGACCAGCCUGCUGAUAGCCAUGUGGGGAAGUUUUAUCGUCUCCGUUGCCAGUGCCUUUGCCCCGAACUGGGUAUUCAUGGCUGUUAUGAAGUUCAUCAGUACAAGCUUCUGCAGUUGUGCUCAAUCAGUGACGUAUACACUCCUCGGUGAGAGCUCAUCGGAAACAUUUCGAGACUCAUACAUGCUCAUCAUGACAAGUGUGUUGGACUUCAGUUUAGCUGUUUACGUUGUUGCCGCCUAUUUCAUUCUCAAUCUCCCAUUCAGCUUGAACUUUGGCUUCAUAACGUUUACGCCAUGGCGUCUCUUGACUCUCGUCCUAGCGUUGCCUCUGGGCAUCAGCGCUAUGGGGAUGCAUUUCUUCUACGAAAGUCCCAAGUUCCUUGUCAACGCUGGCAGAACAGAGGAGGCAAUUGAAGUCCUAAAGAACAUUUGGUACAGGAAUGGAGGCUACGGUGGCAAGUAUGCUGUCAAAAAGAUAUUCUUAGAAGAAGAAGGAAAUGAAAAACACAAAGACCAAUCCUUACUCCAGUCUCUAUGGGAUCAGAUAGUACCUAUCUUCAAGCCUCCACUUUUGACGCGGAGUAUACAAUUGUAUUUCCUGACCGCUGUUAUUUAUAGCACGAACAACAGCUACUUCAUGUGGUUCCCAUUCCUGGCCGAGAAAUUCACAUCAGGUCUCACUUCCAACACUACUGAUGUGGAGCAAAUCGAUGGACUAUGCAACACCAUUGUCAGUGUGGCGGCAAAUGUUACAGUGCAUGCGAAAUGCUCAACAGCAAUGGAGGUGAGUCUGGUCUGGGCCAGCCUAGCCGAGGGUGUCUCCUUUGUGAUCGUGCUCUUGGCCAUAACCAAGUUCGCCCGGAGGAAGAAACUGCUGCUCACCAUUAUUCUAGUGGUCUCCUGCUUCUCAGCCAUCGGAGCUGUCACUGUGAUGGAAAACAUGAUCAGUUUCAUCCUGUUCUUCGGCUUACUGUUGAACGAGCUGUGCAUAGGAUUCAUAUUCUCAUAUUUUGUUGAUUUGUAUCCUACUUCUUAUCGUGGCAUGGCGGCGUGUCUGGGGGUGAUGGUCGCGAGGGCCAGCGCUCUGGGCGGAGUCAAUAUAUUAGGAGCCUUCAUGUUGUCACACUGCUCCAUAACAUUCUACGGUUGUGCCGCUAUGCUGUUUUGUGCCAUCUUAGUCACCAGCAUGCUGCCUCCAGACAAGAGAAAGAAAGAAAUAGGGCUGUGAAGAGAUUCAGUGGUAAUUAAUUAUGUUGCGCGCUUUGAAGCUAGUCGGAUCGACAUUAUUGUGUAUACUACGUUAGGAUAGUGAUAAUUAGAUUAGU